AGAAGAGAGAGAAAAGGAAGGAACAGUCAGUCAGGUAAAGGUGUUGGCGGCAGGCAGCGCCCAGUCUAUUGUCUAUCUACGCUGCCUAUUGUGAAUAUCCCUCAACCGAAUCUGGAAAAAAAGACACCGAUUUUUCUUCUUCGUUAAAACGGGUAAGUACGCUAGUUUGCAAUUAUUUACUUUCCAACUUCUCAGAGUGAAGAAGGCGACAGGCACGCGGAAAUAUUUAAAAUGUUCUUCUGGCAGUGGAGUAUGCCGUGUUUGCCAAAUGCUAGUCAAUAACUUACCUAAUAAAUCAGACCGUGAUACCACAAUCGGAAUCGAAAGGGGGUCACCUAACCUGUAUUUCAGUUAACAAAAUAAGAAAUGCUCUCAUUUUUACCACAAUCGUCCCUUUGAAAAGACAAAUAGUAUUAAUAAAUGCAAUCAUUCAGUCAUCCAUACACCAUUUCUCCACAUUAAAAGUAAAACAAAAAUACAGUUGACAUAAACAUAACAAUGCUCAUUAUUUCUAGCAGCUGUUUGAGGCAAAAAAAUCAUACUAUUUGGGAUUAUUUAAAAACCCAAUAUCAAAGAAGCUGUACUGGUAUUUAAAGGUAGACUCUGCGAUAUGACGUAAUGGAGAAAGUAAACAGCACAGUGGGUCAUGCUGCAUUCAAAACAACUGGGAACCUUGAAAUAUCAGACAUCAGUGUGUUCAAGACAAAUUGGAACUCGGGGGGGGAAAAAACGAGCUCCUAAUCGGAAAUAUCUUUUUUUAUGGUCAUCCAUGUCGAGAACUUGAGCCUCUUUCUAGAGCUCUGACUUUCCGACCUGAAGAACACUGACUUCAUAUAUUUUUUUUAGUUCCCAGUUGUCUUGAAAGCACCAUCAAUUUCACAACAACUAAAGGCUUCCCGUCAGUGGCGGCCACUGAUUGGCUGAAUAUUCGGGGGCGCAAGGUGGUUGGAGUCGUCAUUAAAGCUGGAUGACAGAAAUGUAACCAACAGUAUAAAUACACCUAUUUCACUUUUGCAUUUCAAAAGCCGAAUGACCACUGCUGCACAUGCUGCCUCUGUUUUGAACAGAUUAGAUUAUACCAAAGAUGGUACAGUAUCAGUUUAUCACUUUCACGACUUUGGAGUAAUAACAUGUUCAACUACUUAAGACAUUGGCUCGAAUCUAGGUUGUGCAUUUUUUGAUUUAGAGAAAAUUAACUAAGGAAGAAUUGUUCACUUCUCUCAUUGACUUCUCAAACGCAAGCGUUCCCGGAAGUCUCGCGAUGUUCCGCCUCUGGGUUUAGAAACUCUGUGAUUAUACUAUUUAGAAUGAGCAGCCAGCUUACAAAUGAACGAGUGCACCAGGAAAAAUGCAACAAGCAGCAUACAGAUGCAAUAAGUGAAAACACAUGAUCUAACUGGGGAUAGCUUGCUAACAUGAUGUCACAAAGCAUGGUGCGCUAGUCAGUUAACUUUCAUUCUGAAAGAACUGAAUAGUUAGUCCGAUAUUAGUAUAGAAAGACUUGAAAUUGGCAUGGGACCUAACUAGCUAGCAAGUUACCAGCUAGCUAGUUAGCUGCUUAUCGAAGGUAAAUAAGUGGUUAAUUUGACCAAAAGAUCAACAAAACUAUUUCUCAAUGAUUCUCAAUUACUGUAGCUGGCUAAUUAAUUUGAUCAUGCUUUGUGAUACACCCAUUUUUAUGCUGUUUUAGUGUAUACAACAUGUCGCCCUGUCAGUAGAACCUGAUGAUGAAAAACAUGGGGGGGGAACAAUUGGCCAUGCUUUUUUGUCCUACCAGAUCUGCGAUGAGAAGGUCCAGGUCCCUGGCAGUCACUGAGGAGCAGAGUGGGAACUGAACAGCUUGUUUUGAAACAUAUUUUUGAAAUGUACACAUUUACCGGGCUUUUGAGCAUUUAAAGCAUAAUCUGUGAAUUAUAUAAUAUUGUUUAAAAAAUAUAUAUAGUAACUUAUUUUUUUUUUACCAGUCACAAGUGGGCCGCAGCCCCUAAUGCCCUAAUGGGCGGGCCGCCGCUGUAUCCCAAUCUGAAACAGUUCGGAACAUAUAUUAUGACUACAUUUAGUGACAUUUUUCUUCGUUUUGGUCAUUUUUUGGGCUGUUCGGCAAUCCGAAGUUCGUAGCCGAAGUCUACGCCCCUUCAUCGGUCAUCAGUAGGGAUUCUUCAAUGAAGUGUUUGUCAUUCAAGGAGGAUGACUCGUUUUCAUGCACAUUUUCAUUGAGAAAUACUGCACCAAACAUCUUAGUUAGAUGUAAAAUUGCACGACUAAGAUAUCCUCUGCAAAAACGUCGAAAUUAAUGACAGAUUUUUCCCCAGACACCAGUCGUGGGGUCAAUACCAAGUGCAUUUGACUGCUUGGCAUAUUGUUUACCCAGUAAUUUAUGUGAACUGAUGUACAUGUAUUGUCUAAUCCUUUUCUGUACAGUGAGUGUGUUGUCCUUCAUGUGAUUGAAUCAAAUUCUGCUUACUGACAAUAGCAAUAUAAAGGUUGAGAAUUAAAUAAAUAAAUACACUGGAGACUGUAGUGAAGCUGACAUGCAAUCAAUUACCAUACAGUAAGAAUCUUUGGACUCCAUUUAAUCACAAUCUGUUACAAUUCCAUGUUGCACAAUCACAAAUAAUAAUGAGGAAGGUACAAGGGCACGAAGUAAUGGCGACAACAGAGCAUAUGCUGAAAAAACACCUAUGUUCUCAUUCUAGUAGCCUAUGCACUCACUACCUGGUUAUGAUCAACAUGGCCCAAGGAAUUAAUAUUCUGAUAAGGAAAUUAGAUACCAGCACAAGCUCUAACAUUUACAAGACUUGUUGAUCAUGUUCAGCUUCGUGUUGUCAUCGGCAACAACAAAGGCGAAUGCCAUGUCUGCCAUAGUCGCGUUUCCUAGAAACGGCAGAAGUUGACUGACUUGCUGUCGGUGCAUAUGUACCUCCCCUGACUUUACUCGUCGACGUCCGUCUACAGUCGACUACUUUGAGUUUACCACUCAAACGCGCCCAACCUGUGCUGCUCCUGGCAAUGUCAUUUCGCUGAGUCUACCUUUUAACUUUACGGUUGUUUUACUUAUUUUGCCGAAGGUUUAUCUUAAUUGGAUUAUUCAUAUUUGGGGGGGGGGGGGGGGGGAUUGACCAAGAAAUGUGUAAUAUAAACCCACUUAUCUCUGAUUUUCGAGUCAUUUAUAUUAUAUGGUUAAUCUGUGUUUUGUGCAAUCAUGUGACAGUAAGAUUGUAUCCUUAUAUCCAGAAAUGAGAAUUACACAAAUGAAAUAAAUUGUCUGAGGAUGGUGCUGGAACAUCUGACAUAAAAAGGGGACAGUUUGAUGAAAAAACUAAGUAAAGUUACAAAUCCAGGCAUGUCCCAUGAUUGCGCAAAACACAGGUCCCUAAUCAUGUCAGUGCAACUGCAUUGUAUUGUUUAAAUUUUUUCUUUAGGAAUUCCUGCAUGGAAAAACUCUGAUAUGCCUACAUAUGUUGCAGGGCUGGGUCAAUUCAAAUUCAAGGCAGUCAAUUCAGGAAGUAAACUUAAAAAACAAUUCAAAAUGUGAACUGCAUCUAUUUUCAAUGACUUCUCAAUAAACUGAGGAGUAGAAGCUAUAGUAUUUAUUUCAAACGUUUUUGAAUAUUACACUUAAAUCACUUCCUGACUUGAUUGCCUUCCAUUGUAAUUGACCCCAGCCCUGAUCUGCUGGUCCACAGCUCUCCUGGAUUAAAACAAGUCCUUCCUUAUUCUCUCUUACUAACAGAAUCAUGAUGAAAGAAGAGCUAGAAACGGCCAACCGGCCAGACAACACAGCCUUCACACAGCAGAGGCUCCCUGCUUGGCAGCCCAUGCUGUCGGCUGGUAUCGUCAUCCCUGGGUUUGUGCUCAUCGGCCUGGCAUUCAUUGGCAUAGGUGUUGCCCUCUUCAUCGCCUCCCAGAACAUCACAGUGCUGGAGGUAAGAGCAUAACUGGUCAAAAGUGACUCCUAGUUUCAGGACUUACGAUACCUUUAUUUACCAUUUGCAUAACAAUUUAUAUUGGCCAGUUGUAUGUUCUCAAUUUAGUUAUGAAGUUCAUCAACGUACCCUCAGAGUAGCUCUAUUUUUACUAGUUCAAAUUAGACACAGCCUGUUACUCUCUUUAGUUACUCGUGUACAUCUUCUACUUGAAUGUUACUCUUGCUAUCUGUUCAAGCUCGUUUACUAGCUAAUUCGGUCUUGGCAGGAUGAAGGUGAUAGUAUCUGGCACACAACACAAUGGAGGUGUGAGUUGUGGUUGUAUGGUGAUAGGUGCUGAUCAAUAUUUGAUGCAAGGCUUCAUGUUGACACAGAGGGAUUACACCGGAGUAGAGACCGUCUCGGACUGCUACAAGUGCUCUAACCCCAGCGUCAAGAACUGUACGUGCAAACUGGAUUUCUCUCUCUCCAAUCUGUUUGAGGUAACGUGCCAUCGGUACUCUCCUUCGCUUAUUUAAGUUAUCACAGUAAUGUGAGGUCUGCUCAUUACAUCUAGUACAGAGCUGGUUCUAACAAACUCUUUGUUCUUCAGGGUCCUGUGUUUUUCUACUAUGGUCUGUCCAACUACUUUCAGAGCCAACGUGCAUAUGGGGCUUCAAAAGAUGAAUACCAGCUCUCAGGAGAUCUUGACUACUUCAAGGUGAGAAGAUAUGUGAAUGUGUGGCAAAUUAUCUAAGAACAGCCUCAAAUGUUGUGACGGACAGCUAUCACCAACUGUUUUCCCCUCUUUCUUGCAGACACCUAAUUCUGCAUGCUCUCCCUAUCAGUAUGAUGCCAACAACAACCCAAUUGUGCCCUGUGGAUCAUUAGCAAACAGCAUGUUCAAUGGUACAAGGCCCAUAAUUCAUUAAUCGUAACUCUAGUAGAACGUUUUGUAACACGCUACACUUGGGGUAAAUGUUCUGUUCAACAUUGUCCAAUAAUUACAUCUCUGCAUUGUUUUUUUGAAAGACACCUUUAAGCUCUAUCAGAUGGUCAAUGGGACCAACAAGCUUGUUCCCUUUGAUGGAAAAGGAAUAGCAUGGUGGACUGACUACAACAUCAAAUACAGGAACCCAUCUGUUACCCCUCUAAAGAACGCAUUCAAUGGUAAUAAUUUCAAUCCAGAGACCAUGACAUUAAUGUAUACGGUGACAUCCUAAUUUGAGAUGCCUAAUCAUUAAUACCCUACAUCCACAUGUCUUAACACACUGACCUAGAAGUUGGAUGUUACAUUGACUUUCAUUUGCUUUCCUCACGUAGGUACUGUGAAGCCACCCUUUUGGUCCAAGCCGGCCUAUGAGCUGGACACCUCUGACCCAUCCAACAACGGCUUUGUGAACCAGGACUUCCUGGUGUGGAUGAGAAGGGCUGCCCUGCCAGACUUCAGGAAGCUGUAUCGACGAAUCACAGAGGGCGACUACGCCAGUGGCCUACCUGCAGGGAACUACUCCCUUGAAAUCGCCUACAGUAUCCUUCAUUACAAUAUGUAUAGGUCUAUGGAAAUGUCAAUAAGUCAGUGGGAGUGUGUGAAGGGGCGCAGGCUUUAUGAAGCGUGGGUUCGAUUCCCACGGGAGGCCAGUAUGAAAACAAAAAAUUGUAUACACUCACUAACUCUGGAUAAGAGCGUCUGCUAAAUGACUAAAAUGUAAUGUUCUGUUAUUAUGUACGGAAUGACAGAUGAUUCAAACAUUACAAUGUCAUGUUAUGUAAUUCAAUAAUCACUCCCGUAAAUUCAUAAGCGCUUAUUUCAUUCUAAUCCAAUUGUCAUUUCCACUCACUCAUUCAUCAGAGAGAACAUUAACUGCAUUUUGAUGCUAUUACUCCAGCUAAAUACAGACAACUGUAAUAAUGUGUUUUUUACUCUGCUCGGAGUGACUUGUAUUCCACUCCCAUGGGGCUAGUGUCUCGUGUUACAACAGUUUAUUGCUCAAUGGUUUACCCCUGCAUUUCAGCUCAACUGGUCUUACCAGUUAGGUGGGACUCUGCUUUUCAAACAGAAGAGAAUGGGAGACAAUACUACCAUGACGUGGUAGUUCUUGGGCCUUGGAAAAAAGCAGAUGCUAGGGAAAGAGUACAUUUUUCGAUGCAAAUAUUGCCAACGGUGUCUAAUUUGUAUGGUCACUCUCAAAUGACACUCUUCUAUGUCCUGUUCGACCUUAACACACUCCUUCUCCAGACUAUCCCGUGUUGAGCUUUGGCGGAAGGAAGAAGGUGGUCUUCAGCAACGUGUCCUGGAUGGGCGGAAAGAACCAGUUCUUGGGCAUCGCAUACCUGGUGGUUGGAUCUCUGUGUGUUGUCAUGUCGAUGGUCAUGCUCAUUGUGUAUGCCAAGUUCAAGUUCCCUGAGGAUGAUAAAUGAUCGGGCUCCAUUUUCUGAUGUUGGUGGAAGGUCACUCAUAUGUAUGUGUUCUUAGAGUACAGUUUCUGACCUGACAUUUUAGUGGUCAGUCAUUGGCUGGGUAAAUUAAUCACUUUAAAUGACUUGAUUAUACUGCCAUGUCUGUCCAAUUUUGCAUCUCAUUGAGAGAAUUAUGAUUUAGUGGGAGAGUUGAUUGAGGGCUCUUUGCAUAGUUCAUUAAGGAUUUUAGUUAAGAGGUGAGUGAGGUCAAGUUGGACAUUUUAAAGUCUAAAAGCGGUGUAAUUUGAUACUAAUAGGAUACUCUGGGAAAAGCUGCAUUUGAAUCUUCUUGUAUAGUUUAAGACCUUAGGAUGAAAAAGCCAUUCAUAAAAACCUAUUUCUGUUGCAUUACAUCACAUUGGUAACUGCAACUUUUAUCAUGGGCCAUAAAAGCCCAAUCUGUUCAAACUGUUUGUUAUAGAUUUCUGAAAACUAGAGGAUAAUUUACAAACGUGGAGUGAUCGUUCUUUUUUGACAGGACAUGUAAGCCAUAGAAUUGUAUUGCCAUUCGGUAUUGGAUAAAAAUGUAGAAUUGAUGUAUCUGAAAUGUUUUGCUGUAACCAUUUAUAAUGGGAAUAUGUCUCAGGGCUGUAUAGACUGCACAUAACUGAACAUCCUCUUUUUAAAAAUGUUGUUUUUAUUGCAGUAUGUUUCUUGUAAUGCAAUUUUGAAAAUUCAUUGAUGGUGAAUUUUCAUUGAAGUUGUUUUAAUAAAUGCACAACUUGAGGAAUUAA